GAGACUUGGAUCCUUUUUUUUAUGAUUACUGGGUUGAUUCUUUUUUUGUAUCGUGAGAGAAGACAACAUCUCUUCAAAGAUGAGGAUAUGAAAGGUGGUGUGCUUGUGGACAAAGAGGAAAGAUGAGUCUGUCAGGUAGAAAAGAUCCUCGCAGCCUCUCCUUGUAAAGACGAGCGAGCGAGCGGAGGGAGGGAAGAGACAGCGGCUGUAGGUGGAUCAGUUGAGAUCGUGCAGGGUCGAGCGAGGCAGGGCGAAAGAAUGGCGAACCAGAGCUUUGCUAUCGAUGGCCCUGGCAGUUUGCUGGCUGUGCUGGCUUCACAGAGCGGACUAGCAAGAGGCGGAAGCAGCAGCAGCAGCAGCAGUGACGGCAGCAGCAACAGUGGAGGAGUCUCUGCCACAGAUAUGUCUGCCUACUUUAAGCUGGUCUUCUUGGGUCUGAUCAUCUGUGUCAGUCUUGUAGGCAACCUCUUGGUCUCCAUGCUGGUGCUACGAGACAGGACACUUCACAAGGCUCCCUACUUCUUUCUCCUGGACUUGUGCCUGGCCGAUGCAGUUCGCUCGGCCGCCUGCUUCCCCUUUGUGCUGGUCUCUGUCCACAACAGCUCGGCCUGGACUUACAGUGCCUUGAGCUGUAAAGUUGUGGCUUUCAUGGCCGUGCUGUUUUGUUUUCACGCUGCCUUCAUGCUGUUCUGCGUGGCCGUCACGCGCUACCUUGCCAUCGCCCACCACCGAUUCUACGCCAAACGUAUGACCAUCUGGACCUGUGCCGCCAUCAUUUGCAUGGUGUGGACACUGGCCGUCGCCAUGGCGUUCCCACCGGUCUUCGACGUGGGGACAUACAAGUUCAUCCGCGACGAGGAUCAGUGUAUUUUUGAACACCGCUACCUGAAGACCAACGACACCCUGGGCUUCAUGCUCAUGCUGGCUGUGGUGGUUCUGGCCACGCACGGUUUCUAUGCCAAGCUGCUGCUCUUCGAGUAUCGGCACCGCAAGAUGAAACCCGUCCAGCUGGUGCCUGCCAUCAGCCAGAACUGGACCUUCCACGGUCCCGGUGCCACGGGUCAAGCCGCGGCUAACUGGAUUGCAGGGUUCGGUCGUGGUCCAAUGCCACCCACUCUGUUGGGCAUCAGGCAAAAUUUACACAAUCAACACCGGCGGCUGCUCGGGAUGGAAGAGGUGAGGUCAGAGCGGAGGCUGGGCAGGAUGUUCUACACCAUCACCCUGCUCUUCUUGGUCCUCUGGGCUCCCUACAUCGUGGCAUGUUUCUGGAGGGUGUUUGUCAAGUCCUGCACCAUCCCUCACAGGUACCUGUCCAUCACGGUGUGGAUGAGCUUCGCCCAGGCUGGAGUCAACCCCAUCUUCUGUCUCCUGCUCAACGAGGACCUGAGGAAAGUGCUGAGAGCUCACCUGCCCACCUACUGGAGGACUAAACAACACCUGCCCCAGGAUGAGGCCUACUGCAUCAUGUGAUAUGACAUCAGCUUAAUGACGUGAAUGUUUCAGGUUUUUUAAGGGAGCGUGUGGGCGAGUAGAAGUGACGUAAUGCACCUUGGUUUCAGUAGAAGUGUCUGUUUUGUUGUUUUGCACAACAAAACCAAAACAUUUUCGCCAACAAAUGCAGGCACAGCGCUACUUUAUGAAGAAUGUUGACGUUUGAAUCAAUGUGUCGCGGGUGCAAAGGUUUUUGAGCGGGGGCUGAAAAGAAAAGCACCCCAUCCCCGUCCCACCCCCACCCCUCCCUCCCCCGGUAACUCUUUGAUGGUGUGUAUUUCUGAUGAUGUACCGUGCGAUAACUAGGUAGGAGAGAUCACCAACAAUCACCGCUCCAACUCGAGUGUGACAGAUGCCAUUUUAAAUUGAUGUUGCCUUAUUUCAGAGGGACACGCCCCAGAGUUUCCAACUGAGGAAUAUUUCCUGUGUCACACGAGGCACAGAGCGGACACACGGAAGGGUUCAGAUCCUUGACAAAACAUGUGCUGUGGACUGUGAAUGGAGAAUGUUGCUCGGAACGUGACACUAACUCUGAAACACAUCAAUGAACACAUCAAUGGUCUGCUUUUGAUUGACAGACCACUCUGGACUCUGGUCUUUUCAUCUAUUUCAAAGGAGACUGCGAAACAUUGAAUGGACCCAAUAA